UUGGCCCUUAACAGCACAUGAUUUUAUUUUCAUAGUUAUUUUGAAGUUUUAGUAUUACACACAUAUACAACGCCGAAACAAAAACAUAUUUCGACAGGCACGUUGAUAUUUGCAUAUAAACCCUCCUCAUCUUUCGAAAAUGGGAAACGUGAUGGCGUCCACCGAAGGCGGAGGCUCCACUCGUGGGCGUGGCAAUGUCUCCUCCGGAUUACGCUUGCCAGAAGCAGCGUCUACAGUUCCCUCCACCGAAAUGCCGCCACAGAUGCUGAAGGAGUUGGAAGCGGAGGCUCGCAGAACGGAGCUGACAAAUCCCGGAACCGUGGAGGAGCUGCACAGUCGCUGUCGCGACAUUCAGGCGAACACUUUCGAGGGCGCCAAGAUCAUGCUGAACAAGGGGCUGAGUAACCACUUCCAAGUGACGCACACCAUCAACAUGAACUCGUCGGCGCCCAGUGGCUAUCGCUUUGGAGCCACGUAUGUGGGAACCAAGCAAUACGGUCCCAAUGAGGCCUUUCCAGUUCUCCUCGGUGAAAUCGAUCCUUUGGGCAAUCUCAACGCCAACGUGAUCCAUCAGCUGACCUCUCGACUGAGAUGUAAGUUUGCCUCGCAGUUCCAGGACUCCAAGUUGGUGGCUACCCAGCUGACGGGGGACUAUCGCGGCAAAGACUAUACAAUAUCCCUGACCCUGGGCAACCCGGGCAUCCUGACGGGUUCCGGAGUGAUUGUUUGCCAGUACUUGCAGUCAGUCAGCCGGAAAUUAGCCCUCGGAUCGGAGUUGGCCUACCAAUACGGACCCAAUGUUCCUGGACGCCAAGUGGCUGUGUUAUCGGCGGUGGGUCGCUAUGCCGCCGGUGAUUCCGUGUGGGCCUGCACUUUGGGACCCGGUGGCUUCCAUCUCAGCUACUACCAGAAGGCCAGUGAUCAGCUGCAGAUCGGAGUCGAGGUGGAGACGAAUCUGCGCCUGCAAGAAUCAACGGCCACUGUGGCCUAUCAGGUGGAUCUUCCCAAGGCGGAUCUGGUGUUCCGCGGCAGUCUCGACUCGAACUGGCACAUUGCCGGCGUCCUCGAGAAACGCCUGCAACCACUGCCCUUUUCGUUGGCCAUCAGCGGUCGCAUGAAUCACCUGAAAAACACCUUUCGACUGGGCUGCGGACUCAUGAUCGGAUGAAUCGAAUCGAUUGAAAUAUCCAGCGUAUGACAAGAUAGCAAGCCUAUCAAUUGUUUAAAUAACUUGCAAAUAGGAAUUUGAAGUGUUUGCACAAGAAACGCAAGGAACGCCGAUUUAAUUUGACUUACGGAGUUUAAAAACGAAAGAUAAAGAACCUUAAAUGU